UCCGAGUAAACUCUUACAACUUAAAAUUUUUGUCCUAAAAAUUUAGUAGUUGGCUAGAAUCUGUUGGGUUCCGACAUCCCCUCCCAACUCAAAAAACCCAACUUUCUAUUCUCAAUAUCUGAAACACUACAUCACCCUGAUCUUCAUUCUCUUACAAGCUGCAAUCUUUCUUUGUCGAACCGACAGUUUUCGAGAAAUGAAAAACACCCACAUGUUAAAACUCCUCCUUUUAUUAUCAUCAUUAGCUUUCUUGUUCAUUCUCCUGCUCGUCGUCUUCUUCUGUCGGAAGAGGGCGGCGAGAAACGACCAGCUUGGUGACGUGGAAAACAAAGAGCAGCAGAAACGUGAUGGUGACGGUGAAGAAGAAGAUGAGUCAGAAAUGGAGGAUAUGAUCACUUUCAGCGGCGGAGAAGACCUCACAAUAGGCGACAUUCUCGACGCUCCCGGUGAAGUGAUCGGGAAAUCCAACUACGGCACCUUGUAUAAGGCCCUGUUGCAGAGGAGCAGCUUGGUCCGAUUGCUUCGGUUUUUGAGGCCGGUGUGUGCCUUGAGAGGCGGAGAAUUUUCCGAUGUGGUUCAGCUGUUGGCGUGCAUCAGACAUCCCAAUUUGGUUCCUCUUCUGGGAUUUUAUGCUGGCCCUCGAGGAGAGAAGCUUCUUGUUCAUCCUUUCUACUGGCAUGGCAAUUUGUCUCAGUUAAUCAGAGAUGGGAGUGUGGAGUCUCGUAGAUGGGCAGUAAUUUACAAUAUUUCCAUCGGUAUGGCCAGAGGAUUAGAUCAUCUACAUACUGGGUUGCAGAAGCCAAUAGUCCAUGGAAAUCUCAAGUCGAAAAACGUUCUUUUAAACCGAAAUUACGAGCCGUAUCUUUCGGAUUUUGGUAUAUACUUGCUCUUGAAUCCUACUGCUGGUCAAGAAAUACUUGAAGCUUCAGCAGUUGAAGGGUAUAAAGCUCCUGAGCUAAUCAAAAUGAGGGAUGCAAGUAUGGAGACUGAUGUAUACAGUCUUGGUGUGAUCUUUCUCGAACUACUUUCGGGUAAGGAACCGAUAAACGAAAAGCCGACACCCGAUGAGGAUUUCUAUCUGCCAAACUUCAUGAGGAAUGCUGUUCUUGAUCAUAGAAUCAGUGAUCUGUAUCAUCCGGAUUUACUUCUAAGGGACAACUAUGAUAAGGGAAAUCCUGUUACAGAAGAAUCCAUUCUUAAGUUCUUUCAGCUUGCCAUGGCUUGUUGUUCUCCUUCACCUUCUCUUAGACCGAAUAUCAGGCAAGUGCUCGUGAAGCUCGAAGCAAUCGGGAAGUAGGAACCAGUGCAUUUUGUAGAAGCAUGAGUCAACAAUGGUGAUCUUUCAAGCAUCAAAGGAGGAUUGUAGGAAAACCGAAUUUCCUUGUCAUCCAAUCCGGUUCAUUUACGAGGCACAAAGGCAACGAAAUCCGAAAUAUUUUUCUGCCGGUCGACGUGCUGCUGAGACCGAGCGCGUACCGGAAUAAAGCUAGGGCAUGCUUAUCAGCUACCAUAGGUGAUUUCUGGUCGUUCUGUGCGGGUAAGUUUCCUACCAUAUUCCCAGAAUUUGUGAUUGUUUGGUGGCUUGUUCAUUCUUUGCUUUCUUGAACAGCAGCACCGUUGUCAUUGUUAUAGUUGAUUUUAUUUUGCCUUUGAAGAAAAAGAAAAAAAAGCAUGCUCCCAAUGAACUCAAAAUCAUGGUAAAUCCUUAAUUGUAUAUUCAACUAGCUUUAUAGGUCAAUUUAUUACAUUCAAUCAAAUCUCUGUUGAAUAUUUGUGUGCGUUGUAGUGUUCCAAUCGUUUAAAUGACAG